AUGCUUGACGAGAAAUUCGAUUCAUUGGCUGCCCACCGCGAUGAUAUUGCCAGAAAGCUUGAGGACUAUUUCGUAAAUGAUCAAUCUAAUGAUUGUUUCUGUGAGAUCGAGUUAUGGGAACAAGAAGAAACUGCGAAUAUUAAAGCAACAGCGGCUGCUAUGCGGAACGAAGUGAUCGAGGUCGUUGAAAUGCGUCUGAGGGUGGCAACAGAAAAAUUAGGGUCGCUAACAGAUAAAAUUAAUGAAGCACGUCAAGACAAAAACAAUUUUGAUGAAAUUGAAUUGAAACUAUGGGACAAACAGUUGAACAUUAUCAAGAAACUAACAGCAUUUAAAGUUACUAUUAAAAAGUUUAAAAAUGGGCUUGAACUGCUAAUUACUGGAGAACGAAUAGAAAACAUCAUAUCUUCUUUAGAUACCGAUCAAAGCCGUAGUGAUCCUAUACCAAUUACCAGUGAUCCACAACUUCAAAGCGUCUAUGAUAAUCAUACAAACCCUGAAAUAAUACCAACGACAUCAAACAACGUCAUACCUACACAUAAUAUGCAAUCAGACCAAAUGCGAAACUUAGUGCUGUCAGUGGACAUCGAAUCGCAUGGAGGAUGUGAAGAAACCGUACAUAUCACAAAUGAAAGACCAACAACUACAGUGCUUCGACAUCGUGCCGCAGAAAUUCCAUUUGAACAUAGAAGUUUCUAUCCUCUUCGUUGGCGUGUUGACCACUGA